AUGACCAUUGUACCCACCAACAUGGAUGUCUUGUGCGGCAAGGACCGAGCAUGCCUUCAGGCCGAGGGAUCUCGCCGCUUCCGCGAUAUCAUCGACAGCCACAUGCCCAAAUACAUGCAAUGCAAGACCAAGUUCGAAAAGAUGCAAUACACCAAGCGCAUCUACGAGCAGGUGACUCGAGAUGCUCGCUUUCUCAAGUUUAACGAGGCCGAACAAGCCUGGGAGGAGAUCAGUGUCAUGGCCGCUCGCGACAAGGUCGGCCAUGCUUUGCGAUUUGCCUCCCGUGCCAAGCGCCGCAACAACAAGACCAAGAAGACUCACAAGAGAACUGGAUCUGGCUCCUCAAGUUGCUCCUCCGAAAGCAGCAGUGCCGGCAGUGCUGGAUCUCCUGCCCCCUUCGCUUGGAACUCGCUCAUUGGCCAAAUCCACAAUGGAGUGGAUGUUCCUGAGGAAAGCGCCAGCAGCAGCAAUGUCGAACAGCAACUUGCAGCGACUGAGGAUUGCUUUGCCUCUGCUGAUUCCUUGGAUGCUUUCCUGGCUCUCGAUUUCAAUUUUGACAGUAACGACGACUUGCCCCAAGAGGACCCCUUGGACAACUUUAUGGAUGACAUGCUCAAGGCUGUCAAGAUCAUUGAAGCUGAAGAAGCAACAGAAGAGGAGAGCCUCUUGUCCCUCUUGAGUGAACCAAUGGGAGAAUGGGAGGAAGACCUUGCCCUUUCCGAGUUGCCCGUCUAA